CAUGUGCACGGUUGUUGUUAGCCGCGAAGCAACUCAAGUCUGCGGUCUUUCUCGUAUUUAGUCAAUUUUGGCAUUUUAAAUUUACUGCCUUACAGCAUGGAUGUCGGAGAGCUCCUAAAUUACCAGCCUGACAGAGGAGCAAAGCGUCCCAGGAACCAAGAUGGAGGGGCUACAGGAGGAGAUGAGAUCAGAGUGAAGCACCAAAAGACCCUGAGUAGAGAGCUGCACAGACACAGAGAACAGAUGGAGACAGAGGAGGAGUCUGAGGAGGACACUGGACACAGGAACAAGAUCUUAGAAAAACUUCUGGACCAGGAUGAAGAUGAUCCAGAGGCUGAGCCAGUGGACGAGAGUUCAGUGAAGAAAAUGAUUCUGACCUUUGAGAAGAGGUCCUACAAAAACCAGGAGCUGAGGAUUAAGUUUCCGGACAACCCAGAGAAGUUCAUGGAGUCAGAGUUGGAUCUAAAUGACAUUAUCCAGGAGAUGCAUGUGAUUGCCACUAUGCCAGACUUGUACCAUCUGCUUGUCGAGCUGAAUGCUGUCCACUCACUGCUGGGCCUGCUCAGCCAUGAAAACACUGAUGUGGCCAUAGCGGUGGUGGACCUGCUGCAAGAGCUGACAGAUAUCGACACCCUCCACGAGAGUGAGGAGGGGGCGGAGGUGCUCAUUGAUUCUCUGUUGGAGGGUCAGGUGGUGGCUUUGCUGGUGCAGAAUAUGGAGCGUCUGGAUGAGUCUGUGAAGGAGGAGGCCGACGGUGUCUACAACACACUGGCAAUCAUCGAAAACAUGGCAGAGUUCAGACCAGGACUGUGCACGGAGGCAGCUCAGCAGGGACUCAUGCAGUGGCUGCUCAAAAGAAUCAAGGCCAAGAUGCCGUUUGACGCUAACAAGCUGUACUGCAGUGAAAUCUUGGCCAUUCUGCUACAAAACAAUGAUGACACCAGAGAGCUGCUGGGGGAGAUGGACGGCAUCGAUGUGCUACUGCAGCAACUGUCCGUAUUCAAGCGCCACAACCCGUCCACAGCGGAGGAGCAGGAGAUGAUGGAAAACCUGUUUGAUGCUCUAUGCUCAUGUUUAAUGUUGCCGAAUAACAGAGACCGUUUCCUCAAAGGGGAGGGGCUCCAGCUUAUGAAUCUUAUGCUCAGAGAAAAGAAAAUGUCCCGGACCAGUGCUCUGAAAGUCCUAGACCACGGUAUGAUAGGACCAGAGGGUGCUGAUAACUGCCAUAAGUUUGUGGACAUCCUGGGCCUGAGAACCAUCUUCCCUCUUUUCAUGAAAACCCCCAAAAAGAUGAAGAAAACUGGGACGUCAGAGAAGGAGCAUGAAGAGCAUGUGUGCUCCAUCAUUGCCUCUAUGCUGCGGAACCUCAAGUCUCAACAGAGAAGCAGACUGCUCACCAAGUUCACUGAGAAUGACUGUGAGAAGGUUGAUCGGCUAAUGGAGCUGUACUUUAAAUACCUGGAGGCUGUUCAACAGGCCGACAAGAGAAUCGAAGGAGAGAAACAUGAGAUGGUGCGGCGAGGGGAGAUCCUGGACGACAGCAUGGAGGACGAGUUCUACCUCAGAAGGCUGGACGCUGGGCUGUUUGUUUUACAGCUCAUCUGCUACAUUAUGGUGGAGAUCAGCAACUCGGGAAUAGCACAAUUGCAACAAAGAGUCCAGCAGAUUCUGAACGUCAGAGGAGGCUCUGUCAAAGUGAUACGACAUAUUAUGAGAGAGUAUGCAGAGAGCAUUGGCGAUGGAAAGACUGAGGAGUUCAAAGAAGCUGAGCGGAAGAGGAUCAUGGACCUCCUGGACUCUUUCUAAUAUUAUUUUUAGUACUUUUUUACCGGCACCAUGCAGCAACUUUUGAAUUUGGACAGUAGCUCUUUCAUGUUUUGUCUGGAAUGCUUUUCCUUGACAGACAUUCCUCUAGACCACAUGCUCGUUAAUGGACUAGCAUGCCGGAAUUGUUCAAUUAGUUUUAUUAUUUUUUUGUUUAUUAUAUCUGUCUUUUUUUGUACAACUCGUUAAAAAAAAAAACCCUCACAAAUAAAUACAAAACGGCAGCACAUUUACAGCAGCACAUUUACAGACAUGGCAAAAUAAUGUUGCUUUUCUGUUGGGAAUAAAAAUAAAUUAUGAUUAUGAAUCAUGUUCAAUUAAUUAAUACAUAGACUUUAGAUGCAAAAGGGCAUUUAUCUUCAUUUUAUGAGAAUCACAAUGAAUAAUUGUACCCUGAGUGCUAAAAGUUGCUGAAACGUUAUCAAAGCUUAAUAGAAGUACAUAUAGUUCAUUAACUCCAUAAAGUACUUUGUUUAACAACCCAUUAAAAAGUGUUUUGGUGAGCUAGUUUUAUUAAGAAAAAGUCUUUGAAGAGCAAAUAUCAUCUCUUUAUAUUAUUAUAUAAAACACUGGACAAUAAACCCUUGUUAGAUAAAAUAAAAAUGUCCAACCCCAGUUAAAAACUCUUACACCGGGACACAGAACAAGUUGUAUGCAAUUAAAAGUUAGACGGCACAGACAUUUACCACAUUACGAGACAGUCCAAGUGUUUUCUACUUUCUAUAUGAUAAGUAACCUUUGAACUUUCAAAAGUACAGGCAACGAUAAUAAUUUUUAUGAUUAAUAACUUUCAAGUUAUUCUUUCAACAUCCAAAAAAGCCUUCCUGCACAAACUAAUCCUUCCACCUUGAAUCCGUCAAAAGCUAUUAUCUUUGCAGUCUACUAAGAAUCUCAUUAUCUGCUGUUAAAGCCAGUGUUAAUGGCCGUAGAUUGAACAGAGCCACAUUGUUGUCUUGACCUGAGAUAACUCAUUAGCUUCUGCUGCAGUUUGGAGAAUAGAGUCUGGAUACAUUCUAAGGCGCUGAUGCUUGUAAAUGUGUGCUGUCAAAUUCGAAAAUAUAACAAAAUGCUAAGCGACUGUGCCGGUAGAUUUGCUUUCGUAAUCUCCAACAUAUUGUGUAAACAUCGUUGCCCUCUCUUCACCUGUUUGUUUUGAAUUUGCGUGUAAGAUAUUUUCCAAUAAAAACAUUUGCUAAUAAAGUCGUGCGCUCGUG